CACCCGUAUUCCGUUCUCCAUAGAAACGCGCCAGAAACGCCGCUGACCCUCGUCAGGUGUUCCCGGGAGAGGAGGCCGGGCGAGGGAACUAGAGCGAAGGAAGUUUAGGGAAGUAAGUUAGGCCCUGAAGAGGUCGCUGCAGGUUCAGGAGAGACUCAAGUCCUUGUGUGGGUCUAUUUGUAGAAAAGGCGGGGAGAGGGGCGGCCUGUCGGCCUCUAGGUCCUGACAAGAGACAAGAAAUGAAUGAAGAAAGAGGAAGUUCCACGACCUAGACAGUGUCAUUUCUGGAGCACUUUUGACUGGCUACUAGAUUUCUAACUAGAAAUUUGGGGCAUAUCCAGAAGAGACAAAGACAGAAUAUCCCAGUUGUUGGCCAUUUCUCAAAACAGAAGAAAAUGAUCAAUGCCCAGGAAUCACUGACACUGGAGGACGUGGCCGUGGACUUCUCCCGGGAGGAGUGGCGGCUCCUGGCCCCCGCCCAGAAGGACCUGUAUCGAGAUGUGAUGCUGGAGAACUACAGGAACCUGGUGUCCGUGGGGCAUCAAGCCAGCAAACCAGAUGUGCUCGCCAAGCUGGAACGAGGGGAAGAACCGUGGGCGAUAGAAGAGGAAGUCCGCAGUGGAACCAGUCCAGAAACUGGCAAAGUUGAUAAUCACCUGCAGGGUCACUGGGAAGAUGAAAGAAUGCUGAAAGGUAUGGAACUGUACCCCGAACACAAUGCAUUCGGAAAUAUCGUCCCUCAAAGCAAAAGUCAGUUUCCUUUCAGGCAAAAUCAUAUGUUUGAGUUCUAUAUAAAAACUUUGAAAUCAAAUUUAAGUUUAGCCAACCAGAGCAAGAUCUAUGAAAUUAGGAACUCUACAAAAGUCAACGGAAGUGAGAAAUCAUUUCUGCAUGAUAAGCGUGAAGAUUUUCAUUCUGCGGUUAAAUUCCCUAUAAGUACAAGACCCGUCAGCAAUAAGUCCCAAGUCACUAAGCAUCAGAGAACUCAUGAAAUAGAGAAAGCCCAUGUGUGUGGUGAAUGUGGAAAAGCCUUCGUUAAGAAGUCUCAGCUGACAGAUCAUCACAGAGUUCAUACAGGAGAGAAACCUUAUGGAUGCAAUAUUUGUGCAAAAGUUUUCUCCAGAAAGUCCAGGCUCAACGAACAUCAGAGAAUUCAUAAAAGAGAGAAAUCCUUUAUAUGCAAUGAUUGUGGAAAAAUCUUCACCAUGAAGAGCCGUCUAAUUGAACACCAGCGAACUCACACCGGAGAGAAACCCUAUGUUUGCAGCGAAUGUGGCAAAGGUUUCCCAGGGAAGCGUAAUCUCAUUGUGCAUCAGCGAAAUCAUACUGGAGAGAAGUGCUAUGUAUGCAGUGAAUGUGGGAAAGGCUUCACUGGGAAGAGCAUGCUCAUCAUACACCAGCGAACUCACACAGGAGAGAAACCCUACAUCUGCAGCGAAUGUGGGAAAGGCUUCACCACGAAGCACUAUGUCCUCAUACAUCAGCGAAAUCACACAGGAGAGAAACCCUAUCUAUGCAAUGAAUGUGGGAAAGGUUUCACCAUGAAGAGUCGACUGAUUGAACAUCAGCGAACUCAUACUGGAGAGAAACCCUAUGUAUGCAACGAAUGUGGAAAAGGCUUUCCCAGGAAGAGUAAUCUCAUUGUACAUCAGAGAAAUCAUACGGUAGAGAAGUCCUACGUAUGCAGUGAAUGCGGAAAAGGCUUCACUGUGAAGAGCAUGCUUAUCAUACACCAGCGAACUCACACUGGAGAGAAACCCUACGUCUGCAGCGAAUGUGGGAAAGGCUUCCCCCUGAAGAGUCGGCUGGUCGUACAUCAGCGAACACACACCGGAGAGAAACCUUACAGAUGCAGUGAAUGUGGGAAAGGUUUCAUUGUGAAUAGUGGACUGAUGUUACAUCAGCGAACUCACACUGGAGAGAAACCCUAUAUAUGCAAUAAAUGUGGAAAAGGCUUUGCCUUUAAGAGCAAUCUCGUGGUACACCAGCGAACUCAUACUGGAGAGAAACCCUUUACGUGCAGUGAAUGUGGGAAAGGCUUCACCAUGAAACGCUAUCUCCUCGUACAUCAACAAAUCCAUACAGGAGAGAAAUCCUAUGUCUGCAGCGAAUGUGGCAAAGCCUUCGCUGUGGAAACCGAGCUGAUUUUACAUCAGCAAAUUCAUACUGGAGAGAAACCUUAUGCAUGCAAUGAAUGUGGGAAAGGCUUCACUGUGAAAAGCCGUCUAAUCGUUCAUCAGCGAACUCAUACAGGAGAGAAACCUUUUAUAUGCGGUGAAUGUGGAAAAGGCUUCACCAUGAAGCGCUAUCUGAUCGCACAUCAGCGAACUCACAGUGGAGAGAAACCUUAUGUCUGUGACGAAUGUGGAAAAGGCUUCACCGUGAAGAGCAACCUCAUUGUGCAUCAGCGAACUCACACAGGGGAGAAACCCUACAUAUGCACCGACUGUGGAAAAGGCUUCACCAUGAAGCGUUAUCUUGUUGUGCAUCAGCGAACUCAUACCGGAGAGAAACCCUAUGUAUGCGGCGAAUGUGGCAAAGGCUUCACUGUGAAGAGUAAUCUCAUUGUGCAUCAGCGAUCUCAUACUGGGGAAAAAUCUUACAUGUGCUCUGAAUGUGGAAAAGGCUUCACCACAAAGCGCACCCUCGUUAUACAUCAGCGAACUCACACAGGAGAGAAAUCUUACCUAUGUAAUGAAUGUGGAAAAGGCUUCACCACAAAGCGCACCCUCAUCAUACAUCAGCGAACUCAUACAGGUGAGAAACCCUAUGAAUGCAGGGAGUGUGGUAAAGCCUUUAGCCAGAAGAUCUGCCUCAUACAACACGAGAGAUGUCAUACAGGAAAGACUCCCUUUGUGUGUACUGAGUGUGGCAAAUCCUAUUCUCACAAAUACGGUCUCAUUACGCACCAGAGAAUUCACACGGGGGAGAAACCCUAUGAGUGCAGUGAAUGUGGGAAAGCGUUCACCACAAAGUCAGUCCUCAACGUCCAUCAAAGAACUCACACAGGAGAGCGACCCUAUGGAUGCGGCGAUUGUGAGAAAGCCUUCUCCCACUUGUCAAACCUUGUUAAACAUAAGAAAAUGCACACGAGAGAAACGGGUAGAUUCAGUCAGGUUGGAAAUUCCUUUAACACAGAGUCGCGGUUCAUUACUUAACGAGUGGACUCGUGCAAAACAAAAGCCCUUUGAACGUGAUGCCUUCUGUGGCAACCAAGACUUCGUUAAACAUCACUGUUUCCGGCAGAUUGGAAUGUCAUC